AUGUUCUUUUUGGUGGAUUUGGAUAAGAACAUUCGUUUGCAUCCCAAAUUUUUCGGCCCUGAGCUUACUCGUACUCUUCGUGCUCGUCUUCAAAACGAUGUGGAAGGUCAAUGUACAGGAAGAACAGGAUACAUCGUUUCCGUUACGGAAAUUACUAAAAUUGGGCAAGGAAAGAUUGGUGAAUCAUCAGGAUAUGCUACAUUCCCAAUCAAUUAUAAAGCAGUAGUGUUUAAGCCAUUCAAAGGAGAGGUCUGUGAUGCCACUGUUACAAAGGUGACAAAAGUUGGAUUUUUCGCUAAUGUUGGUCCAUUACCUGUAUUCGUUAGUAGACACGGUAUUCCUGAUGACAUGAAAUAUGAUCCAGAUCACUCACCACCAAGAUUUGUCUCCGAGGAAGCACAAGUAUCCAUUAUGGAAGAUAAGGAAGUUCGAUUGAAAAUUAUGGGUGUCAAAACUGAGGCUAAUGGACUUUUCGCUAUUGGUACAAUUAAGGAAGAUUAUUUAGGAUGCUUAAAUUAA